CACAGCCCUUGGGUACAGGACAGGCUGCCCCAGAGCCCCGCCCCAGGAGGUGGGGCAGGAGGCUCGGGACAGAGGGACCCAGACCUGUCGACCUGCUCUACUCGGGCCAGCUGCCACCGCCGCCCAUGGGGAACAGCCACUGUGUCCCUCAGGCCCCUAGGAGGCUCCGAGCCUCCUUUUCCAGAAAGCCCUCGUUGAAGGGAAAUAGAGAGGACGGCGCCCGGAAGCUGGUUGGCCUGUUUGGCACCGAGGCCAGUCCGGAUGGGGACACCACUGCCGACAAGAUCUUCCGCUACAUCCCUGGGACGAACAUCCCGACCCUGGAGAGCCAGCAAGAAAACCUGGAGCAGCCUUUCCUGAGUGUGUUCAAGGCAGGGCAGCGGAGGGCGCCCGUGAGGAGCCUGGGCAAGGUUGUGCACUACACCAAGGUCCAGCUGCGUCUCCAGCACAGCCAGGACAUCAGCGACUGCUAUCUGGAGCUCUUCCCCUCCCACCUCUACUUCCAGGCCCAUGGUUCCGAAGGACUCAUUUUCCAGGGGCUAUUACCACUGAUGGAGCUGAGCGUCUGCCCGCUCGAGGGAUCCAGAGAGCAUGCCUUCCAGAUCACAGGCCCGCUGCCCGCCCCCCUUCUCGUGCUCUGCCCCAGCCAGGCCGAGCUGGACCGCUGGCUCUACCACCUGGAGAAGCAGAUAGCCCUCGUGGGAGGGGUGCCGCGCUGCCACCCAGCACCCCCUCAGGGCCCUCCUGAGAACGAGCUCCCCUGGACUCUGCAGCACAGGCUGACCCCGCUGCGGACGGCGUCAGGGCUCCAGGUGGUGGGCACCGCCGUCUGUGCCUCAAGGGUCAAGCUGCAGCAUCUGCCCUCACAGGAGCAGUGGGACCGGCUCCUGGUCCUGUACCCGACCUCCCUGGCCAUUUUCUCCGAGGAAGCAGAUGGGCUUUGCUUUAAGGGGGAGCUCCCGCUCAGCGCCAUCCACAUCAACCUGGAGGAGAGGGACAAACAGAUCCGCUCUUUCCUGAUCGAAGGCCGUCUCAUCAACACCAUCCGUGUGGUGUGUGCCAGCUACGAGGACUAUGGCCACUGGCUGCUCUGCCUGCAGACGGUCUGCCGCGGGGCCAGGGCCUCCCCACCGCCCGGCCCCGAGAGCUUCCCGGGGCUGCAGGCGCCCCCACAGGUUGUGGGCAGUGGCCGAGGCUCACUCUCCUCUGACGGACGGACCAGCUGGGACUCGGGGUGCCCAGCAGCCGCCUCCAGCCGCUCCACGCCUGAGUCCGCCGCAGGCUGCCCUGCCCGGCCCGCACCGGAGCAAGCCAGCCCUGGCUGCACCAGCGUCGGUGGGCACAAGGCAAAGCUGAGACGGGCCGGCAGCAACCGAUCACCCAGGAGCAAGGCCCAGGGCGAGGGGCCCGGCCCAGCCAUCCCACUGCACCUGGACCUGACCAAGCUGAGGCUGGAGGAUGGCCCUGAGGCCCCAGACCAUUCUCUGGAGACACCGCACUCCCCGCUCUACGCUGACCCCUACACACCACCUGCCACUUCCCACCGCAGGGUCACAGACAUCCAGGACCUGGACAAGUUCCUCAGUGCGAUGCAGAGCUCGCUUGGACCUGAGCCCUCGAACCCAUUCCCCUUGGUCCCCGUGUCCGUGCCUGUCUCUGACCCCAGCUCUGGACUCUCCGGCCCCCACUUGCUCUCCGAGAAGGGAGUCCUGCAGGCCCGAGCCUCUCAGCGGCAUCGCGGCUCCAUCAAGGGCCGGGGGUCCCGGCCCCCAGGCUCCCCUCAGCUUACUUGUCAUUGGGGUCCCCAGGUCUCUCCUGCGAGGGAAGUUGCGCCCGAACCCCCGCCACCUCCCCCAGACGGCCGCCCCCCAAGGAGCUACGACAGUGUCUGGGACAAAGCUCUGUCACCUUCCCACCAGCGGUGGCCUCGAGCACCUGAGGCUGAAGGCGGGCUCGUCCAGUGGAUCUGACGGCCACCAGGAGGCUGCUUCUCGGGACCACCUGCCGGCAUCGACCCCGCAGGAGGGGCUGAAGCAGGGCCUGGGGCUUUUUAGUGGGGCCACAGGCACCCAGUAUCGAGUCAGGGUCUGACCCCAGCAGGUGGAGGGGGCCUCCAGAACCCUGAGUUACCCUGGGCUCUUGAGGGGUCAGGAGGGCCUCAUCCUCAGGACACCUUGGCCCAGGUGACUGGACGCCCAGAGGGGCCAAACCUCGGCCUGCCUCUCAGGGAAGGAAUGAGGGAGGGGACUCGGGGAAGGGGCUUCACCUGGGAGAGGGAGGAUGGCACAGGUGUAAAGGU